AUGGGUCCAACGAUAUCAGAGAGCGCAGAAGCAUUAAGAAUUCGUGGAAAAUAUUUCUUCUCACAGGGAAAGGAUAGAGAGUCCUUGGCUGAUUUGACAAAGUCGCUAGAAUUUGAGCCAUAUAAUGCGGAGGCACUGAGAAUUCGAGGAAGGAUCUACUUCUUGCAAGGAAGGGAUCGAGAAUCCUUGAUGGAUUUAACGAAAUCACUUUCCAUAGAACCAAAUAACACAGAGGCAUUAAGAACUCGCGGAAAGAUCUAUUUCUCACAGGGGAAAGAUCGAGAAUCCUUGGUCGACUUGAAUAAAUCACUGGCCUUGGAGCCGAACGAUGCGGAUUCCCUAAGAAUUCGAGGGAAAAUAUAUUUACUAUUGGGCAGAUAUGAGGAGUCCUUGGCCGACAUAAACAAGUCACUGGACCUAAGGCCGAAUAACGCCGAUCUUUUGAGAAUCCGUGGGAAAACAUAUUGUCAACUAGGCCAAUAUGAAAAAUCACUAGAAGACCUAACAAGAUCUCUGGACUUGGAGCCGGACAACACAGAUGCACUGAUAACUCGUGGGGACACGUACAGUAUACUGGGAAAGUACGAGGAGUCCCUAGCAGAUUCAACCAAGUCACUGGAUCUGGAGCCGAAUAAUGCAGAUUUACUACGCAUUCGCGGAAUGACUUACUGUUUGCUGGGGAGAUAUGAAGAAUCUUUGAAUGACUUACAUCGGUCACUGGAGUUGGAACCCGGUAACGCAGAUGCAUGGAAAAUUUGUGAUAUAAUUAAUUCCGCAAUAGGAUGUGAUUACGAGUACGACUAG